AUGGCUGGAGGAGGUAUCGUCUCAACCAGUCCUCCUGGAGCAAAGAACUAUGAAGGAAACCUCACAUUCAGGGUUUUCAUAACAUGUAUAAUAGCUGCAUUUGGAGGUCUAAUAUUUGGCUAUGAUCUUGGUAUAUCAGGUGGUGUGACUUCUAUGGAUCCUUUUCUAAAGAAAUUCUUCCCAAAAGUGUAUGAAAAGGAGAAUAAUCUGAAGCCCUCUGAUAACCAAUACUGCAAAUUUGACAGUCAGACAUUGACGUUGUUCACGUCGUCUUUGUAUUUGGCUGCACUUGUUGCGUCAGUUUUAGCCUCCACUGUCACUAGACUCUUCGGAAGGCGUAUCACCAUGAUCUCUGGGGGUUUGCUUUUUCUUGCGGGUGCUGCAUUGAAUGGUUUUGCUGAACAUGUUUGGAUGCUCAUUGUUGGUCGCAUUUUGCUUGGUUUUGGAAUUGGAUGUGCUAAUCAGUCUGUGCCAAUCUAUGUGUCCGAAGUAGCUCCUUACAAAUACAGAGGAGCUCUUAAUAUGAUGUUCCAAUUGGCAAUUACCAUUGGCAUCUUCGUGGCCAAUGUUCUCAACUACGUUUUUGCCAAAAUGGAGAAUGGAGAAGGGUGGCGUUACAGUUUAGGUUUUGCAGCAGUGCCUGCGAUCAUGAUCAUUAUUGGUGCAAUAUUUCUUCAAGAUUCACCCAGCUCUUUGAUUGAACGUGGUUUUGGUGAAAAGGCUAAGGAAGAACUUAUCAAGAUUCGAGGAACUACAGAUAUUGACCAAGAGUUUGAAGAUCUUGUAGCAGCAAGCGAAUCUUCGAAAGCAGUGAAACACCCUUGGGCCUCUUUAUUAAAGAGACAAUAUAGGCCUCAACUCACAUUUGCCUUGGCCAUUCCUUUCUUCCAACAACUUACUGGCAUGAAUGUGAUCGUGUUUUAUGCUCCUAUUUUGUUUAAAACCAUCGGUUUUGGAGCCAAUGCUUCCCUCAUGUCUGCCAUGAUCACCGGGGGUUGCAACACAAUUGCCACUCUUGUCUCUAUAGCCACUGUUGACAGGUUUGGGAGACGCACUCUUUUCUUACAAGGAGGGUUGCAGAUGUUUAUCUGUCAGAUAGUGGUAACGGUGGCAAUUGCAUGCAAAUUUGGAUUGAAUGGAAAUCCAGGAAUCUUGCCAAAGUGGUAUGCUAUUGUGGUUGUGUGUGGCAUAUGUGUGUAUGUGGCAGGAUUUGCAUGGUCUUGGGGUCCUCUAGGAUGGUUAGUGCCAAGUGAGAUUUUCCCACUUGAAGUUCGAUCUGCUGCACAAAGUGUGAAUGUUUCCACGAACAUGAUCUUCACCUUUGCUAUUGCACAGAUUUUCACCGCAAUGCUCUGUCACAUGAAGUUUGGGUUAUUCAUCUUCUUUGCAUGCUUUGUCAUUGUGAUGAGCAUAUUCAUCUACAAACUUCUGCCAGAGACGAAGGGAAUUCCUAUUGAAGAAAUGCAUACCGUGUGGCAGAGUCAUCCUUACUGGAACAAAUUUGUUAAUUCCCAAGACCAAGUUGCUGACAUAUCAGAAUGCUAG